UGUGCAGGAACCUUGUGGAUGACAGAGAUCGUCAACCUGAUCUGCAACAAGGGGGAUCCUGCCUGGGUCCAAUCUGUUGUCAGCAGUGAGCAUUCAAUGUGGUUAGAAACUAAAGCUGGGCUUCAGUGUAUAAAGGAUCAGAAAGACCCAUGAUUCUACGUCUCCCAUCUCCCCAUUCAGUUGUUCUCCAGGUCAUUCUUCAGUUCCAAGGCCAAGUGUAUUUAUGUAAUGAGAAGUCCCAGAGAUGUUAUUACUUCCGGUUAUCAUUUCUGGAAAAUGGUAAAGAUUAUCAGAGAGCCAGAAUCAUUUGAAGAAUAUUCGGAACGGUUCCUUCGAGGAAAUGUGCUGUAUGGAUCGUGGUUUGACCAUGUCCACAACUGGCUGCAGAUGAAAGGAAAAGAGAAUUUCCUGGUGAUAUCGUAUGAGGAGCUGCAACAGGACAUACAAGCUAGUGUAGAGACACUCAGCCACUUCUUGGGCAAGAAGCUAAGCCCAGAAGAACUGAAUGCAGUCCUCAAGAAUGCAUCCUUCAAGACCAUGAGAGAUAAUAAUAGCAAUUAUUCCCGAUCACCUGAUAUCUUUAUGGAUCAAAGCAAAGGUUUCAUGAGAAAAGGAAUCAUUGGGGACUGGAAAAGUCACUUUACAGUGGCCCAGAGUGAAGCCUUUGAUAAAAUAUACCAGGAAAAGAUGGCUGGGCUCGCUCAAGACCUAUUCCCAUGGGAAUAAUGGCCUUAUAUUCCUGGAUCAGAUAUAAAUGCUGAAUUUCCUGAUGUUCUUGUGUUCGAGCACGCU